UAUCAUGACAUCAUGUCUUGCCACCCAGAAAACUUUCAGUGGGAGCACUGGAGCUUUGAAAAUAUUGCUACCAUACUUGCUCGCCGGUUCCCUAACAGCUUUAUUUGGGUUGUGAAGUGUUCUCGAAUGCACCUGCAUAAAUUCAGUUGUUAUGACAACUUUGUGGCGAGCAACAUGUUUGGAGCACCAGAGCACAGCACUGACUUUGGAGCUUUCAAGCAUCUCCAUGCGUUGCUAGUUAAUGCAUUCAGACUCUCUCAGAAUAUUCUGCUGUCCCAGAAAAGUGUGCACGGUGUCAGCAAGAAUGCAAAAAUAGCUGCUUGUAAAUCACAGCCGCAGUCUGUUCCUGCAACGAACGGCUGCUCGUCCACAGGAGGAGAGAGAGAUUGUGAACGCUCUAAUAAUUCUGCUAUGAGCUUCAUUAUACCCUCUGCUGUAGGUGCAGUGUCAUUUACUUUGAUUGGCUUCAGUAAAGGUUGUGUGGUUUUGAACCAGCUGCUUUAUGAGCUGAAGGAAGCUAAAAAAGACAAGAAUACAGAUGCCUUCUUAAAAAGCAUAAAAGCAAUUUACUGGCUGGAUGGUGGUCACUCAGGAGGAAGCAAUACUUGGGUUACUUACCCUGAAGUGCUGAAAGAACUUGCGCAGACAGGAAUUGAAGUUCAUGCUCACGUUACACCAUACCAAGUGUUUGACACAAUGAGGUCGUGGAUUGGGAGAGAGCAUGAGAAAUUUGUACAGAUACUUGAAGAAUUUGGUGUGGAAAUAAAUGAUCAACUGCAUUUUGCUGAUGAUGUUCCCUCCUUAGAUAAUCAUUUCAGAGUUCAUGAAGUGUUUUGAGACUAUAUGCAUCUGAAUAGUAUACUCAUUGUAAAAGCGCUUUUGACACUGUAAAUGUCGUCAUCUAGGUUUCCAGCUUUGAGUAGAUGCUUUCUGAAGAGAAUACUAAAGCAGUCCUGUGUUGCUAAUAGAUACCAUAUGUAAAUUUCAGUAGUUGAAAAAGGUGGAUUGGGACCCUAUACCUACAACAGAUGUUGUCAUUUGAUUCCUGGAAAGAAA